UAUUUAACUCAAUUCCAACUUCUCUUCGUUUUUCGUGCUCCGCCAGUCCCCACCCCUAGCAAGCAUGGACUAUUCCUCCUAUACUCCCUUGCCGGACCAUCCGACCGGUAAUAAACGCCGGCCGACCUUGAAGGUUCUAUCUGCAGUAUUCGCUUCUCUGAUUUUUCUGCUUUCAUUAGUCACAUUAAUCAUUAACCAAAGUCAAUUAGAGCCAAACGAGAACCACUUACCUCCAACAACUAAACCUACUUCGUUUUCGAAUCCGGAGCCAAGAGGCGUGGCUGAAGGAGUAUCAGCCAAGUCAAAUCCGUCGUCUUUCAACAAUGGAGUUUCCUACAAUUGGACCAACGCCAUGUUUUCUUGGCAAAGAACAGCUUUUCACUUUCAACCUCAGCAAAACUGGAUGAACGAUCCUGAUGGUCCAUUGUUUCACCUGGGUUGGUACCACCUAUUUUACCAAUAUAACCCCGAUUCAGCUGUCUGGGGCAACAUCACGUGGGGCCAUGCUGUAUCGAAGGACUUGAUCCAUUGGCUCUAUCUCCCACUUGCGAUGGUCCCUGAUAAGUGGUAUGAUAUAAAUGGAGUGUGGACUGGAUCCGCUACGCUUCUUCCAGAUGGUCAAAUCAUGAUGCUUUAUACUGGAGACACCAAUGCUUCAGUGCAGGUGCAAAAUCUCGCUUAUCCCGCCAACCUAUCUGAUCCUCUCCUCCUUGACUGGGUCAAAUAUCCAGGAAAUCCAGUUAUUAUUCCCCCACCCGGAAUCGAAAUCAGUGAAUUUAGAGACCCAACGACGGGAUGGCUGGGACCCGAUGGUAAGUGGAGGAUUGCAAUCGGGUCAAGGGUUAAUAAGACAAUUGGCGUUUCACUUGUCUACCAAACCACCAAUUUUACGACCUAUGAGAAGUUGGAAGGAGUCUUGCAUGCAGUUCCGGGCACGGGUAUGUGGGAAUGCGUGGACUUUUACCCGGUGGCAAUAAACGGUUCUGUUGGAUUAGAUACAUCCGCUAAUGGGCUGGGUACAAAGCAUGUAUUAAAGGCAAGUUUAGAUAAUACGAAAGUAGAUCAUUACGCACUUGGAACCUAUGACCCAAUAACAGACACAUGGACACCCGAUAACCCGAAAGAGGAUGUGGGUAUCGGGUUACGUGUGGAUUAUGGAAGAUACUAUGCGUCAAAGACGUUUUAUGACCAGCACAAGGAGAGAAGAAUCUUAUGGGGUUGGAUCAAUGAAACUGAUACUGAAGAAGAUGACUUGGAUAAAGGCUGGGCCUCUGUUCAGACAAUUCCAAGGGCUGUACUAUUUGAUAACAAGACUGGAACCAAUUUGCUCCAAUGGCCUGUGGAGGAGAUCGAGAGCUUAAGAUUAAACAGUACUGAUUUUGAAGAAAUUGUGGUUGGACCCGGCUCGAUAGUCCCGCUUGAAAUAGGCGUGGCGACGCAGCUAGACAUAUUUGCAGAAUUUGAAACGGAAUUAAUAUCAAAUUCUGUAGUUGAAGAAUACGGAUGCAAUGGUGGUGCAGUUAACAGAAGCUCUUUGGGACCAUUUGGCCUUCUAGUUCUUGCAGACGAAACACUUUCUGAAUUGACUCCUGUUUUUUUCCGUCCCGUUAAUUCAACCGAUGGGAGUUUCAAAACUUAUUUUUGUUCUGAUGAAAAAAGAUCGUCAAAGGCUCCUGAUGUCUGUAAGCAAGUUUAUGGAAGCACCGUUCCAGUGCUCGACGAUGAAAAGCUGAGGAUGAGAGUGUUGGUUGAUCAUUCCAUAGUGGAGAGUUUUGCACAAGGAGGAAGGACAGUCAUCACGUCCAGAAUUUACCCGACAGAAGCAAUCGAUGGAAAUGCAAGGCUGUUUCUGUUCAACAAUGCAACUUCUGUGAAUGUUAAGGCAACGCUCAAAAUAUGGGAAUUAAUGCCUGCCUUUAUCCGCCCUUUUCCUCUCGACGACAAUUAAAUUAAAACACUUAUUUGUUGUAUCAAAUUGUUGUAACUUUGCCAAGAAAGUGCAAAUCCUGAUCAUAUAUUUGAUUUAUUUAACUUCAUUUUUUUCAAGGACAGGAGCAGAAAAAUUCUUAUUGUAGGCAAAAAUUGCAUUGUAUGCCCAACGAAUGGGUGAGGGAGUACUUUAUCUUUUUUUGGUAUUUAGUGAUAAUAAACUUUUUUUUUUUUCAA